AAGUUGCCCUUCCCUACACUAGCUGUGGGCUGUGGCUCUCUCUAUAUCUCUCUCUCUCUUCCUCAAGAGAGAAGAAUAGAGCAGAGCUGAGCAUAAACUACAAAAUCACAACAAGAAAAUCUCUCUUACUCUCCGCACCUAAACAUAAUUUCCGAACUUCUCUAUUUAGCCCCAUUCCCUCUCUCUCUUUACAAUACACUUGUGCUCUGUAAAAUUUGAUCUCGAAGCUCUACUUUGUUUGGGCGCAAUGAAGCUGAAGAACCCCUCAAAUUCCACCUCGCAAACCCUGACCUCCUCCGAGACGCGCCUCCUAGUGCGCGAGACGCUUCGCAUCAGCGCCAACCUUGCCUCGGCGACUCCGCCGUCUCCCUCACCGGUGGCUACGGCGCCUCAGGUCAAGGAUUCCAGCUUCGGCGGGCUAGCCGACGAUCAGUUUUUGAAUUCGAGCUUCAGGUUGAUCUGCUGCGAGGAGAUUGAUGGCAGGCGAUGGCAGUACUUCGCCGAUGACAACGUCGGUGCAAGGAGUGUUGCUUUAAAACCACUGAAGAACAAUUCCAUUCGCGCUGUCUGCUUGCAGACUCCGUUGUCACCUGCCGAUGAGUUGAUAACAUUCAUAAGAUCUUACGUUGUUCCUGAAGGUUUUCCAGACAGUGUCACACCUUCCUAUGUGCCGUACAUGACUUGGAGAGCGUUAAAGCACUUCUUUGGUGGUGCCAUGGGUGUAUUCACCACACAAACCCUCCUAAGUUCACUUGGAGUCUCCCGAAAUAGAUCAGCACCAGGUGCUGUAGCUAUCAAUUGGAUUCUCAAGGAUGGUGCUGGGCGGGUCGGGAAGAUGCUCUUUGCUCGACAAGGGAAGAAGUUUGAUUAUGACUUAAAGCAGCUGAGGUUUGCUGGUGAUCUCCUUAUGGAGUUGGGAGCUGGAGUAGAGUUGGCAACUGCAGCUGUUCCCCAUCUAUUUCUUCCAUUAGCAUGUGCUGCCAAUGUUGUUAAGAAUGUUGCUGCGGUGACAUCAACUUCGACUCGAACACCAAUAUACAAAGCCUUUGCCAAAGGAGAAAAUAUAGGAGAUGUCACUGCAAAGGGAGAAUGUGUUGGAAAUAUAGCAGAUCUGCUUGGAACUGGACUCAGCAUAAUGAUUACUAAAAGAAACCCAUCCUUGUUCACCACAUUUGGUCUGCUCUCAUGUGGAUAUAUCCUUAGCUCUUAUAAAGAGGUGAAAUCUGUUGUUUUGCAUACACUAAAUCGUGCACGAUUCACUGUGGCAGCAGAAUCCUUUCUAAAAAUGGGGUGUGUUCCAAGUUUGCAAGAGGGAAAUUUGAUGGAGAAUAUUUUCAUUCCCCCAUGGAAACAGCAUAGACCUAUUGUUCUUGGACCAAGGUUCAAAGAUGCAUUCCAAGACCCUAUUUCAUAUAUCGCUUUGGAGCCCAUUUUUGAGAAAGAGCAAUACAUAGUGACUUAUAAUCCUUCAAAGGGCAAUAUCUAUGCCUUGUUCAAGAAUCAAGCAAAGUCUGAUGAUAUUCUGAAAGCGGCUUUUCAUGCUCAUGUGCUGCUUCACAUAGUUCAAUCAUCCAAUCAGUGCCAGCAAUCCUCGAAAAAACAAGACAAUGAUCUUUCACUGGGUGAUCUACAAUCUCAGAUUGCGGAAUCAUACAAGUUGGUGUCAUCUCUAUAUGAGCCUUUUAAGACAAAAGUUAAAGAACAGGGUUGGGUCAUGUCUGAAUCACUACUAAAUCCUGGCAGAGCACGGCUAUGUGAACUGUCAAGUUAGGCUUCAUGUGGAACCUUUAGAGACUGUAAAAGCUCAGAGAAGGAUGCAAAGGGAUCCAGUCACUUUCUUGCUUAUAAUCGGGUUGAAUGUUGUCGGAACUUUGGGAUAUGAGCAAGGUAGUGCUGUUGCUGAAUCAGGGAUACUAGUUCCAUGUAAACGCAUCCCGUUUUCUGCAAUAUUCUUGAAAAAAACAACUAAUGGCGUUUGUUUAGAGCCAUGAAGCCUAUUAUGAUAUGCUGAAGCUGGGGGAGAGGUUGGGUUGGGUUAAUUAUAUAGGUGCAGAUUUUGUGUUUGCCAAUAUAUUUUGCUUUAUCACAUGACUUGUACUGUGCUCCAUAUGUAUAUUUGGUUUUGUGGAUUUGUCAGUUACCUUAGUUGGGCGUAAUCUCGUUAGCAUCAUAAUCUGUUUGUAAUACACUAUGUAAUUAAUACUAUAUUAUUAUAAUUGGCUCAAUCUAGUUUGUAUGGUGA